CUCAGUAGUCGAUCAAACGCGGUAUCGCGCGGACGCGGUUGCUGCGCCGCAAACCCGGUGUGAACGGUGUGCGUGUAUUUAUAUGCGCGCGCGCGCGUGUGUGUGUGUGUGUGUGUGUGUGCGUGUGAAAGAGUGUUUGUGGGUGUGCGGCACGCGUGCCACAGUUUUUGUUUUUUUUUUCGAUUGUAAUUUUAUUAUUAUACAGCAAUAAUAAUAGUAAUACUACUGCUAAUACUACUACUACUACUACUACCAAUAAUAAUAAAAGUAUAUAAUAAUAAGAAUCUUAGUCGAAGAAAAAAAAAACGGAAUCGGAUUUAACGACGUCGUAAAUAUGGAAACACCGACUACAUUUUGAGACAACCACUCCCCGGAUAAAAAGGCGCCACGGCAAACCUAACGUCGGUUAUGGACCGUCUGCGAUCGACGUUCAAGCGGUCGCGGACGCCGACGGGCGCGGAGAUGAAGACGCAGACCAGCCUCGAGGUGCCCAAGCAGGUGCGGUCGGUGUCGUUCGACGAGAUCAAGCUGGGGUGCGCCAAGCGGGACGAGGACGCGCGCAAAGAACGGACGUCGGUCGGCGGUGGCCAUGCGGCGGCCGCGUCGUCGUUGCGCGUGCCCGCCGGCGGCGGCUCGGGACAGCGGUCGCGGAGCUUCGACUCGUCUGCGGCCGCCGCCAGCACCAGCGCGGCCACAGGCGACCGUGACGACCCGGGCGUCUAUCUAGAGGUGCCGUCGUCCAAGCACCAGCUGUUCCACCGGCGCCGGUCGUCCGGCGAAAAGGUGCCGGCCGCCGCGGCUUGCGUGCACUGCGCUUAUCUGGAGGAGCUGUCCAAGAUGAACAGGUCGUCGUCUGGCGACGAGAACCAGAGUCAGAGGUCGUUCACGUCGACGUCGGCCAGCGAGGACAUGGAAGACGAGGACGACCGCAGUUGCCAGAUCACCGUCACCGUGGAGGCCGACCUCCAUGACGAUCUCGUGGCGGCGGCGGUCCGUCUAUCCAUCGCCGACGGGGAUCCCACGCUGCCGCCGCCGUCCGAGUCGGCAGACGCGUGCGGCAAAAGCCCGCUGACGCUGGAGCUGACACCACCGGACGAGUACCUGCAGGGAACCCGGCGGCGGUCGAUCACGUCGCCGAAGCUGGAACGGCAGGAAGCGUUCGCCGUUAGCGAUCCUGCCGAUCCUGCGGCCGUCCGCGACCUGUUCCUCACGGUUCCCGACCUGAAGCGCGACAGGGCUGCCAGCAUGGACUCGUGCUUUAUCAACAAGCCCACGCCCGCCGGAAAACCGGAAGAGGUGGUGCCCGUGUCGCCCACCCAGCUGCUGCUCGAUCCCAACUGCGGGCAACCGGCCUGCAGCAACAUCCGGUCCAGGUCCGUGGACAUCGUGCUGCCCACCGACCAGCAGGCCCGGUACAAGGCGCUCUCCACCAAUAAUCAGACGUCGUCGCCACCGUCCGCCGUACCCGCGCAUAGGGUGCCGCCGGACAAGGGAGCCACCGGAACCGAUGGAAACGAUAAACUCUUAAAGAUUGUGCCCGAUUGGACGGAGGAAGCCGCCAACGACGAUCACCUGUGGUCCAUAACGUCUCACAACGUGGACUUCUGCUAUAUCGGCGAAUCCGAGUGUUCGAAACACGGAGUCCGCCUGAAAUGUUCGGGUUGCCGCAUAAUCGUGCACUCGGAGUGUCUUGGGAAUCUACCGGAAGCGGCCAAGUGCAAGUCGAGCUUCAAGGACGACGGUGUUCGACAGUACAGGGAACACAAAACGGUUAAGCACCAUUGGAUGCACAGGAGGACGCAAAAGGACAAGUGCUCGCAAUGCGGAAAGGCGUUCCAGUCGGUGCUGUCGUUCAGUUCCAAGGAAAUCAUAGCGCUCACUUGCUCUUGGUGCAAGCUUAGUGUCCACAACAAGACCGCGUGUUUCAACGACACAAAAAUGAACGAACCCUGUUCUUUAGGUAAACAUAGUAAUAUAAUUGUGCCCCCGUCGUGGAUCGUCAAGUUGCCACGGAAGGGCAACUUCAAGUCCAGCAUUAGAUCGCCGAAAAAACGGUCGUCCAAAAAGAAAACGAAAGAUAAGCCGGACAAAGAAGACAAGCUGUUCGUUAUCAAACCGAUCCCGACGGUGAAUGUCAAGCCUGUGAUAAUAUUUAUAAACCCAAAGUCUGGCGGCAACCAGGGUGUUAAGCUGCUGCAGAAAUUUCAGUGGCACCUAAAUCCCAGGCAGGUGUUUGACCUCAGCCGGGGAGGUCCCAGGAUGGGCCUGGAACUGUACAAAAAGGUGCCAAACCUCCGGGUGUUGGCGUGUGGUGGCGACGGCACUGUCGGUUGGGUGCUGUCGAUCUUGGACCAAAUAGCCAACGCCGUGUCGUUUCCGGUGGGUGUUCUGCCGUUGGGCACAGGCAAUGACCUGGCCAGAGCUCUCGGUUGGGGUGGCGGUUAUAUGGAUGAGCCGGUGUCGAAAAUACUAACCAACUUGGAAGAAAGUGAAACGAUCCGAUUGGACCGCUGGAACUUGGAUGUGGUGCCCAAUGAACAGGUUAAAGGGACCGACCACGCUGGCAAAGACAAUUUACCAUUAAACGUGGUGAAUAAUUACUUCUCGUUGGGCGUAGACGCUCAGAUUGCACUCGAAUUCCACGAAGCCAGAGAGGCCAAUCCGGAGAAAUUCAGCUCGCGGAUGUACAACAAACUGUUUUACGGCGUCCGCGGUGGUAUCGAGCUGCUGGACCGGAAGUGGAAAGGUUUGUCGGAUCACGUGACGCUGGAGUGCGACGGCAAAGACCUGACGCAGCGCAUCAAAGACUUGAAAGUGCAUGCCAUAUUGUUUUUAAACAUACCCAGCUACGGUGGUGGCACGCGACCGUGGAACAAGUCAGCUGGCAACAACUCUACCGACGACGGGCUAAUCGAAGUCAUCGGCCUGACGAUCAUGCAAAUAACGAGGCUGCAAACUGGAGGGACUGGAACACCGUUGUGCCAAUGUAAAACCGCUCGGAUAACUACCAGUAUACCGGUGCCCAUGCAAGUGGACGGCGAAGCUUGCCGUUUAAAACCGUCGGUGAUCACGCUGGAAUUCUUUAACCAGGCAACAAUGAUGGCGAAACGUCGGAAAGGCAGACAGACGCCUACCCGAGAGACUACGAUAGACAAGCACAGAGUGUCUGUCCAAAGACUGAGGCUUCAAGAUUACGAACAACACCACUGUGACAAAGAGUUGCUCAUUCAGUCGUCAAUCAAUAUGGGAGAAAUCGAAGUGGAACCGGUGGCGGAUUUAGAAACCGUGCGUAAUUUAGUGGACAAGUUGGAGUUGAACAACAGUCCGUCAAAAGACCACGUGGGCAACGUCUUGCCAAAACUAUCGCCCGACUGGUGUUUCGUCGAUUGUUGCACUGCCGAACGGUUCUUCAGGAUCGACCGAGCCCAGGAGAGCCUUCACUACCUCAUAGACAUCACACAUGACCAGCUGUUCGUGUUGGAUGAUCCGCAUAGACCGCCGUCAGUCGAAGAAGACGUGUCUGUGGUCCUGAAAUCUAAAGAACCGAUCGACGACCAGGGUGCUCAAGACACGACAACAAGCAUGCGGGUAAAGUCGGAGAUAAGUCGAUUGGAAAGCAUCAAAACAAAGUCAACGGUCAAAUGUCCACAAGACGAAGGCCAGACCAACGGGACCAAUCAUUCCACAAGAGCUAGUGAAGUAUACAAUCGUCUAUUCGACCUUCAAUCAAAUGAAGAUCAUCAUUACGGUCAAGUCCGAACUUCCGAUAAAAUAAUCGAAGCGGCCAAAACAGGGAACUUAAACAUGCUGAGGAAUUUGUUCGAAAUGGGUUACUCUCUGAUGUCCAUCAACAAGGACGGGCAGACAGCUUUACACGUGGCCAGCCAGCGCGGCGAUUCAAACCUGGUUCGGUAUAUACUGGCCAACGCGCCGUCCAACAUCGUGUCGGUCAAAGACAAUCAAGAAGGGCAGACGGCGUUACACGUGGCUGUCCAAAACGGCGAACGAAAGAUCUGUUACCUAUUGGUGUCGGCCGGGGCGCCGCUAUUGGCCGUCGAUAAACAAGACCGGACGGCUCAGCAGAUAGCCGAACAGACCAGAGACUACGAUCUCGCCAAAUACUUGGAAUGCCAAGCUCAGUUCGUAUCGUUCGCGGACCAAACGGAGACGUCGGUCUAGACACGGCGGCUGCGCAUGCUGAAUCGGACGGCAGUAGAAACAAACAUCAAACUAUCACUAUACAAUAUAUUCAAUACAUUUUAAAUUUAUAUUAUUAUUAUUAUUAUCAUUAUAAUUAUUAUUGUUAUUAAUUGAUUAUAUUUUUAUUCACUAUCCGUCGACGCGCACGUCGUUUUUGAUGUAUUAGAUUAUUGUAUUAAUAUAUAUAGUCUCCGCGGAAUCGAUAAAAACGAGAAAAAAUGUAUAAAAAAAAUCACACUACAAGUCAAUUAGAAGAAGAAAAAAAACCGUAUUUCACGCCGACGUGUAUCCAAGUCUUUUCCACACACUCGCUCUCUAUAAGCCCUCUCCGCAGAAGACAUAUAUCCUGCAAAGGUAUAUAUACGUGUACGCAUGCCGCCUCCGGUCGUCACAAUAUAUAGGUAGGUACACUCACUUUCGGCUGCGUUUAUCGCAUUACACGUUCGAACUGUAACUUUUUUUCUUUUUUCUUUCCCCCCCCCCCCCAUUUAACGCUUUAGUGCAUUAUAUUCGUCGUCGCGACGACUGCGGAGCACACACGUCCCGCGAGUUUUCUUGAAACCGAAUUAUUACAUUUGCCGCGGUCACGCCCCUGUCACUACCGUGUACCACGACCCCGCGACGAAAUUCGACGGGUACCGUGACCAAAAAUAAUGAAAUGUAUACAACCGAAAAUUCAUUACACCCCGCCGUUACUCGUGUCCUCGUUUCGGAACCCAUCUUUUUUUUUUUAAUUAACGCAUGUUGCGAAACGCGACCAAAAAAGUACUCAAAUACAACAUGUUAAUAUAAUUACUCUAUAGACGCGUCGAUUUAUGUUUACCUCUACAGCGUUCUAUAGAUACAGGUUAAAAAUUAAGAGGAAACUUCAACAUUAGUUCGAAAAGAUACUGGAUACAUUUAAAUGAUUAUUAUUUUAGCAUAACAGUAAAAUCGCACUUAUAACCUAACGUUUUGCACUAUACGCGUGAAAUAUAUACUUUAAUGUCAUUUAUUUAGUGUAUUAUAAACAGUCAGGUGUACCGCCGUCCGCCCGAGACGAGUGACGAUGGCGCAACACCUAUAUAAUGUGUUCAUCAGAACUUUUUUGCAUAAAUUAAUAAUUUCUUUCUUUAAAUUCAGAAAAAAAAUUCAUAGGUACCUACAGGUAUAAUAUAUCUGAACUUGUGUCUACUGUCUAGUAUCUUUCUAACGAAAAACAAAAUAUAAUAUUAUACAAUAUGAAACCGAAGCAAAACGAACCCAAACACAAAAUAUGGAUCUUGGAUUCCCACUCGUCCAUCACUGUACCUAUACAUGUCUACCUAAAUACCCAUUAGGUUGCAGCACCUACUGAAAUGUCAACGGCCGUUCAAAGUUUUCCUCGUCUAGCAAUGUCCGAAACGUCGUUUGAAUUUUACGAUUUGUCGAAAUUCUGGAUUAGCGUCGUAAGAGACCCGCACUCUCGCGAGCGGCGGCGGCGGCCAGUACUCUUGAACUCGAUCCCUUCGACUGUUGUGUCGCGACGAAGUGAACGAACGCACACGACCGAUUGGAAAGUCGGAGCGACUAUGGGAGAUAGUUUCCACCAACAGCUGUUUCAGCCGAAAUCGUGACGAUAAUAAUUAUAAUAUGAUGGGAAUGCGCUGUACGGUAUACGCGCGCUCGAUAAAUAUUAUUAUUUUACUCAAUGGGCGAGACGCGUGUGCAGCGAACAGACAUAACACUAUAAUAUCAUUAAUAUUAAACCGUUGUGGGAAUAAUAUUAUUGCAGUUAAUAUUUUAGAGCGGGGUGGGUUCGUCCCGCGUGGUAGGUAUCCACCCUUUAUUAUUAUAAACGUCGCCUCGCCUGUGCGUUCGCGUCUUCCCUCCGCGUCACUCGUCGCCAGAGAGCUGCGUCUCCACCGACACUCGCCGUCUUUGAGCUGCUCGGAGAUUCGGGGCCUCGGGCGAUUUCUUGUCUUCCCGACCCGGUCGUCGGCCGAUUUCGCACAUAAAAUAGUAUAAUACCUAUAUACAGUCGAGUUCUUUGUACUGCCAUAAUCUUUUCCGCCCACGCGUAGCGUAACCAUCGCCAGUGUGCGGCACGUCGUCGACCAUAAUAAAAUAAAAAAGGCUCCGGGCACGUCGACGAAAAUAAUAAUAUUAUGACGAAAAUGCAGACUCGAGCGACGAGCGGUAAAAACGUUUGGAGUUCUUCAUUUUGCGAAAAAACUAAUCCUCGAACGCGCCCCCGGAGGCGAUCGAAUAAUGACAUUAUAAAAACACCUGUGCGGCUCGGCGAUUUGCCUACCCUCGUGCGCCCCCCCCCUCCCCCCACCUGUCAAAAACGCCAGUUUUCGCCGGACGUGAGCCGAUGGUUGAGCUCGCGAAAAGGGCACUUACGCCGUGAUGACGACGAAGAUAAUAAUGACGUGCGGACCGCUUCCUGCUUUCACCGCUUCCGGUGUUGACGAAUUAUUUCUCGCGCCACUGUGACAAAAUAUAAUAAUCAAGCCCGCCCAAAGUGUAUGGGAUUAGCUUAACAGUCAUAAUAAAACGUAUCGUGUACCUAUAAUAAUAAUAUGAUAGCCGAUAAAAUAUCUGAAAUCGCCAGGCCAUCUAUCGUCGCGAUGAUAAAAUAUAUAUUAUUAUUAUGUUAUGUUAUAUUUUCGUAAAUAAAAUUUAAUAGACGGAUAUUAAUAUAAAACCAUCAUUAUUAUUAUUAUUAAUAUGUACGGUGGUCGACGACCGUUUUUCUCGGCCAUAGUACCCGAAUCGUCCGAAACCACUCGCCACCCUUAACUCGUCUCUGCGCAUCUCGACCGCCCAUCUGACCACAAGUAGGCCAACUAUAAUAAUGAAGUACCUUUAUUUUAGUACGAUUCGUAUGGCGGGCGGCAUUCGCCGAACGUGCACGCGUUUUUCGGUCCGGCAAAGAAUAAUUAUUAAGAAACGAGAUGACUCGACAAACAGAGAGAGAAUAAAAAAAAAAUGUUACGACCGCGUAUAUAUAUAUAUAGACGGACUAACUUUAAUGGACUUUUACGAUUGUCCGUCGUGCAAGACGUUGUUAUUAUUAUUGCUAUCAUAUUAUUAUAAUAUUAUAUUUACCGUUUGACAAAUGAGACGGAAAGCCCUACGACCUACAACUACUAUUUUCUCCGUCUUACAACAUAAUGCACAACAUAUAUGGCGAACUUUACGUUCACAAUAAUUAUCCAUUCGAAAGCUGAAAGUUUUAACGUUAUUGUGCCUAGUCGACCUACUGUCGAAUUUUAAUGCAUGUAAAUUAUAAUCCAUGGCCACGCGCAGGUUUUUUUUUGAUAUUUUAAUUUUAAGCGAGUUCUGAGCACUUUAAAAUUGUUAAUUUUUUGUUAAUUUCAAAAAUGCUCACAAGACUUGGAUCGAAAGUAAAACUUAAAUAAAAAAAACUCUAAGCGGGGAAUGUAUAUUAUACUUAGGCGAUGGACGAGUCGAAUGGAUUAUUUUGAACGUAAGACUCGCAUUGGUAAUGUGUUGUGCGUUUGUAAGACCGAACUAACACAAACGCG